AUGCAGUCUCUGUUCGGCGGAGGAGAGCUGGGGCUGCUGGGAGGAGGCGGAGGCGGAGGCGGCGGCGACCUGAAGGAGGACGGCUGCGGCGGCGUGACGUGGCACUCCUCGCCGCUGCCCCCCGACGACGUCUACUCGGCGUCCCACUUCGCCCUCAUCAGCGCCUACCAGGAGAUCAAGGCCAGGCUGGCGCUGCUGGAGCGCGAGAACACCGGCGUCAAGCGGAAGCUGAAGAUCUACGAGAUCAAGUUCCCCAUGAUCAAUGAGUUCGGGGAGGACACCAACUCGUACUGCUCCUUCGAGAGCAAGGAGACGGCGCUGCUGCACUCGGAGAAUGGCGGCCUGCAGCAGAGAGUCAACGUCCUGACCCACGAGCUCCAGAAGAGGAAGGAGAGAGAGGAGCAGCUGGAGGACGUGAUCCAGGCCUACGAGAAGAUCCACAUGGAGAAGAGCAACCUCCAGAGGGACCUGGACAAGAUGACCGGCCUGGUGGAGAAGCACGUGGAGCGCGUCCUGAGCCUGGAGUCGGCUCUCAGGCAGCGAGACAACUCGCUGCAGAAGCUCAACAUGCAGCUGCACAGCAAAGACAUGCAGUUCCUGCAGCUGCACGCCGGCCCCGACGCACACAUGCUGGACUGUCCGGCUUUGACCCUCCAGAGCUCCCGUAGCCUGGACACCCUGUCCGACCUGAAGCUGCAGCGGCUGGAGGCGGAGCUGGAGGGGGCGCGGCAUCAGGCGCAGGGGGCGUGUCAGAGGGAAGAGGAGCUGAAGGGGGAGUGCGAGAGGCUGAAGGAGGACGUGAGGAUGCUGCAGAACAGCCAGAGGGACCGGGAAAUGACUUCUCCGUGCAAGCAGUGUGAUGUGGAGUGGAUAAAGAAGGUGGGAGAUGAGCAGGUGAACUUGGCUCUGGCCUACACGGAGCUGACGGAGGAGCUGGGACGCCUCCAAGCGCUGAGCUGCAAGCAGACGGAGAUCCUGAGGAAGGCGUCGCAGGAGCAUCCGAGUCCAGUCCAGCGCCACUCUCCCAUCCACCACCAGCGCCACUCUCCGGUCUCCCAGCGCCAUUCGCCCAUCUCCCAGCGCCACUCUCCGGUCUCCCAGCGCCACUCGCCCAUCUCCCAGCGCCACUCUCCGGCCCCGCCCCCGCCGCAGCACCACUCCCCCAUCCAGCAGAGGCGCUCCCCGGUGCCGCAGCGCCUCUCCCCGGACAUGCACCGCCGCUCCCCUCUGCUGGACGUCAACGACGGGCCGGCCUCUUACUCCUGCCGCCCGCCCAGCCAGCACCUGAGGGCCAGCUUCCAGGGCCGCCGCAGCUACUCCGAGGUGGCGGACCCCUCCGCGUACCACUGCCCCCCGCGCUUCUCCCUGGACCCCGUCGCCACCUUGCCGAAGCCUCGGCCCUACAACGACGGCUACGCCAAACAGCAGCCCCAACGCGGGGGCUCUCCUCACGGGGGGCUGCAGCACCGGGGCUCCCCGUCCCACCACAAAGGGGGCCCCGGGGGAGACGGGGGCCUCGGCGAGAGCUCCGUGCGCCACUCGAGAGGAGAGAUGCCGUUCCCGCUGUCGGAGGUGGCCCACCUGCGUUUCGAGCCCCCUCCGCCGUCCACGCCGGCCCCCCGGCCCCCGCAGUCCUCCGAAGACGAGGAGGAGUGGGCCUGCCCGCAUCCCGUCAGCCCCCCGCGGACGCUGGGCGCGCUCUCCUCCGCGGCGCCCGGCGGCGUCAUGAGGGGCCCGGCGUCCUGCUCGGCGUUCCCCAUCCCUCAGAGGUCCAACACCCUCAGCUGCCACCCGCAGCCGGGCUACAUGUCGGCGGAGCACGCGCAGUCCUGGCCUUCGAUCAACCUCUGGAUGGAGACGGAGGAGAGCGACAUGCGGAGCUGCCCUCUCUGCCAGCUGAUAUUCCCCAUGGGUUACCCCGACGACGCCCUCAUCAAGCACAUCGACUCCCACCUGGAGAACAGCAAGAUCUGAUUGCCACGGCGACCAGCCCCGCGCGCACACACACACACACACACACACACCGGAGCGUUCUCCUCCUUAUAGAUAUAUUACGCAACCGGAAAACGGGGAGUCAGAA